GUGAGAAAUUCACUUUAGCAACAAAUCACGAGUGGUAUUAAAAGGCGGCUAGGACGAGGACGAGGACUCUCUUGUCAGUGGUCAACAAAACAAUCUCAUCCCCUUUCUCAUCUCAUUAGGUGAUCCUUCCAACCACUUUCCCUUUUACAUAUGUAUCUAUAAAUAUUUCACAACCACCAAACAUAUCUCUUUGCUAGUCACCUGAGCCAAUUCAACCACGAAGCAGCAAUAUGGAAGUGGUGUUACCUAGUCCCAAUGGAAGUCCCACUAAGGAUCCUUUCGAUUUCAACCGUGCAAGGAUUUCACCCUAUCUCAGCGCUCCCUCUUCGCCCAAACGCUUCGGAGAAUAUUACUAUUUAAGUGCUCCCACAAGCCCAUCAAGAUUCUACUCCGAAUUCGACUACUUUUCGGCUACCCCUUUUGAUUGGGAAGAACACAAGCCCGACACCCCAAAAGAUAACGGUGACGAUGGCUUCGCGUUUUUCGUUAGUGGGGAAUCGGGGAACUCCUCUCGUUCGGCGGAAGAGCUUUUUGACGGUGGCAAGAUAAAGCCUUUGAACGAGGAGGAACUGUUGGAAUCGGCUAAAAGCCCGCUUUUGUCUAAGGGCCAGCCCAGAAGAUCUUCUCCAAUAGCGCAAGGUAAGAAGGCGAUUCGCGAAGCCCUCUCACCCAGAAAGAAGAAAGAGUCUAGUGAUGAGGGUUUGAGUGGAGAGAGAAGAGGCAGAGAAAGGAGUGUUAAUUCUUCGAAUUCGGGUCGCAGAGUGGCGCGUUCCCUCUCUCCAUACAGAAUAUCUCACUACACGUGGGACGAAGAAACACACCAAGCGCAGACCAACAAAGAGGAUUCAGUUCCUGUUCCAAACGCGCCUUCGCUUUCGUCCACAUCUUCGAAGAGUUCGAGGAAAUGGAGACUGAGGGACUUGUUGUUGUUCCGCAGUGCCUCCGAAGGACGAGGUUCCAGCAAGGACCCUUUCAGGAAGUUCUCUGCUAUGUACAAAAAACCUGAAGAAGCAAAAGCAUCGACCACAAGAUUACCCUCUGACAUCCCCAAAGUGAGAAGGAAGGAACCCGUUUCCGCACAUGAAUUGCACUACGCAAGGAAGAAAGCGGAAUCUGAGGAUUUGAAGAAGAGAACCUUCUUGCCUUACAAACAGGGGAUUUUGGGAAGGUUGGCUGGCUUCGGAAGAUGAUUUAUUUUAUUUUUUUAAUUUGCCUAAAGAAACUGUAUUCUUUUGUUGAAAUUUUACUAUCAUCUUUUUUUGUUUUUCUCUAUUUAAGUUGCAAAUAGAACUGAAAUCACUGAUCAGCAUUUUAACAAUGGUUAUUUAUUUUUAUAGCAUUUAUUCAUGUUUAAUGUUAUACACCGACUCUUUCCCAGACAUAUACUUGAGUUCUGUGUAAUAUUAGUCUGUAACGAUUGUUUAUUUAUGUUUUAUUUUAUAUCCCGAGCCUUGCUCAGACAAAAGCAUGUGCUGCUAGCGAUGAAGACAAAUCAAUGUGUGUAUGGGCCUAAUGACAUUUCAUUGUACCAAAGUCGGUUUGGUAAAAAUCCUCCAUUGUUUCACUCGUUACAUACCGGCAA